CUACACGCCCACCUACCCACCUACCCUACUACCCUACCUACACUCCUCCUCCUACUCCUACUCCUCCUCCUUGACUCUCCCUCCUCCCAUCAUCGUCGUCUUCACGUCGUCGCUGCUGCUGAACGAAAAAUCUUCUUUUCCUCCUCGUUCUUCUAUUUUCUUUUCAUCGUUCAGCCAUUACGGAUACCUGUCACUCCUUUCAGGUCCGAUACUUUCAUUCGGCUCAACAACCAGCUAUUCCAAUCUCGACUUUACAACUUCGAGACCACACUCAUUUUCUGACCAACGACAAACGACAACAACACACACAAUCACACACCGGAUCUUCAUCCAACGCUAGUCCAACAACAACACGACAACCCCGCGCCUCGAGCACGAUCCUACUUUCUAUUUCCUGCCAGUUACAGCGAACCAUUAUAUACCGAGUCGACACGCUCCUCUCAUUCUCGACGUUCCUUACACACGAUCCCGCCCGACCGGAUCUCUCGAUCGACACACACCGCCGCUCUCCGAACUUCGGCAAGUGCUCGACCACGACAACCACCACAACACGAACCCGCGAGUAAACCCGUGACCCUUUGUUUACCUGGCAGGCUGCAUCCACGACCCGGUCACCACCCGCUUCCCGGCGAGCUCAGACACCAUGUCGGAACAUGGGGACAACGAGCCGAAAAAGAUGGCCACGCCGUCCCCGUCUCCCUCCGCCUCCGCCUCAAACAGCAACUCUGCCUCGCGACGCCCGCCGCGGAAGAGCACUUUAACGCAGCAGCAGAAGAACCAGAAGAGACAGCGCGCGACACAGGACCAGCUGGCCACACUCGAGCAGGAGUUCCUCAAGAACCCGACGCCGACUGCGUCGGUGAGGGAACGGAUCGCGGAUGAAAUCAACAUGACGGAGCGCUCGGUGCAGAUUUGGUUCCAGAACAGACGUGCCAAGAUCAAGUUGCUGGCCAAGAAGGGCAUCGAGGGCGGUGAGGAUAUUGAUAACAUUCCGGAAGGCAUGCGUCAGUACCUUGGCCUACAAACCAUGGAGUCUGGCAGGCCUAUGGGCGCAAACUUCAUGGGGCGCGACGGACUUGUGUCUUAUCGCGCAGGAGGCAUGAUGGGUGCUGACCAAGGCCCUCAGGGCAAAGUUCUCAUCCACCAUUUCCACUGUAGGUCCCUGCAAAUUGGAACCUGGAAACGAAUUGGCCAAACUAUGAUGGACCUUAUCAUUUUCUACUCGCCCAAGAAGGAGUGCAUGACGUACUAUAUCAACAACGACCAGGCUGGUUACAAGAUCGAAUACCCUUUCGCAUACAUCAAGAACAUCUACCUGGAAAAUGGCGAUAUCGACGGAGGAAGUCAAGGAGGACUAGUCGUGGAGCUUAACCGCCCCCCGCUGUUCUUCAUGGAUUGCUCUGGAUCAGGAGGGUUUGUUGAUGUUGGGGAUUUCACAGAGGAGCACCAAGCUUCGCAAGUUUUAAUACACAGGCUUGGAGGACACCCGAAGGUCUUGAGUGGACAACUAGCUAAGCUUGCCAACCUGGAUUCUUUCAUCAACCGCCACAACCCAUUCGAGUCGCAGCACCAGUUGGCCGUUUCGGCGCCCAACUCUCCAAUCGGACACCGCCCCGCAUCCCAACCAAACUACAACGCGCAGGCACACGUCGGCAUGUUCCAGGAGCAGUGGGGUAUUGGCGUCCACCCCGGCGCGCGCGGACCAGGUCACAAACGCCAGAGGAGUAGAUCCGUACCAACUGCGAUCGAUUUCUCCAUGUUCAGCGCGCCCAUGCCGUCCUUCCUCAUCCAACACCCUGCCGAGCACCAGUCUCACCACAACCCCAACAUCUUCGCGCCCAUCCCGCAACAGCCAAACAACCUUACCCCGAUGGGCUCGAACUUACGGAUCGAUACUUCGACGGGCUAUGGCAUGGAUUUCAGACAAUACCCCAUGUCUGCCGCUACUACGACCCCGCCAUCCGACUAUGCAAGCCCGUCCUUCUACUCCCAAGGUCCCGAGACCGGUCCCCUCCCAGCAUCCAGCUACAACACGCCCUACACCGUUCCAUUCCUCUCCCCUAUGGUCGACCCCUCCUCUAUGGUGCCACCCUCUGUCUCGCCUCUCUCCUUCAUGAGCCACGGCGACCCCGCCAUCGUCGACCAAUCACCCCCACUGUCCAUGAUGCACCGCUCCGGCUCCGCAGACGCCUACAACAUGAACCACGCCAGCCUCUCCGACGACGGUUCGGGUCUCAACGAGAUGUACUCCAAACACUCCCUCACCCUUCCCAUGCACCAGAACUCCCCGUCACCCGCCUACCUCGAGCAAUCACAAGCGGAUAUGGAGAUGAGCCAGCUCGUCGAGUUCGAACCCAUGGACCCGGCCGGCCUAUCCCCGGAACCGAACUCGGGUCACAGAUGAUGCCUUAUGACACCCCACUGACGGCCUUGGGUUUCGCGGGUUGGUUACGAUGCGGUGUUUUUUUCAUACUUCUGGGGUCGGGAUCGGAGUGCAUAAGAUUGGAACGGGAGCGGAUUUUCGUUGGCGUUUUGAAACGUUGGGUUUUGUGGGAUUUAGGUCUUUAAUGGGAGGGUUGUCGGAACGGGGACUUGGGGCUGUUGAUACUCUUUUGCUUUUACGGCCGAUGUUGUUGUUGUGUUUUUUUGCCGCGUUGUUGUGAGGGGUUGUUGUGUUCCCUCCACUCACGCACUUUUGUCGUUGUUGUUCUUGAAUGAAUCUCCUUGCUGUUGUUGUUUUGUGGUUACAUUUUUUGCGCGUCGCGAGCUUUAUACUGCGGUAUUUCACGCGUCGUUGCUACUCUUUUACCUUUUACUUUAACACCCCCUUUUUUGUUCUGUCUGGCACAGCGUUUUUUAUCUAUCAUAUCAUCAUUUGUCCUUUUUUCUCAAAAACCCUACUCACCAACAUCUUGUUUUGCGGUAUGGGAAUCUUCGAGCUUACGUUUUGUAUUCUUGCUUGUUCUUUUGUUUUUUUUGUUCCCUUUGUUCAACACUAGUUUUUCUUGCGAGUUGCGUUGGUAUGGCAUUGUUUUGUUUUUUUCGAGCAGUACAGUGCGGUUGUGCAGUUGUGCAGUCUUCGAGCAAUACGCGGAGAGAGUGCAUUUAUAUAUACCCUUUCUGUAUGGAAGACCGCGGGGAUGGGAGUGGGGGUGGUGGUGGUGGAUGAUUUUACUGAAGUUGGCGAAGUGGAGGAAGUGAUCAACCACUUUGAGAGAGAGAGAGAGAGAGGAGAGCUGGGACCGCAAGGGUCGCGGUGGACGGACGGAUGGUGAUCGUAAAGACGCCGGAUGUCUCGCCCGUCGCGGGCCCCCUGUGGUGCCUAGGGGAGAUAUUAACGUGGACGGGUGAUCUUUUAUCUUUGAAACCGACUUUUUUUUUUGUUCACCUUUUUUUUUUGGGCAAGGGAGGUCUUAUGUAUGUCCUUUUAGGUGGAGCAGUCCAUCCACGGAGUGUGACUGGGGAAGGCUGGAGGCUGAGGAAUGGGACGAGUGGAGGGAUAGGGGGAAGGAAAGGACGACGGACGGACCGACGGACGGUGGGGUAGUGUUCGUAAUUAACGUACUUGUAUAUCGGUCGGCUGAGCCGAUGGAUGGGAAUUCAUACACAUCUACACCCG